AUGACCACAAAACUUGAACCCACCUCAUACGAGGAAAAGGGCCCUGCCCCACUCGAGGAGGCCUCUCUUGAUGUUCCGCCGCUGGAGGACCCUUCCAAGGGUCGAUGGGAGCGCAGCUGGCCUACCAUUGCUUGUGGUGCUGGUCUCUUCUCAGACGGCUACCUGAAUGGAGUAAUCGGCCAGGUGAACACCAUGCUGAGCAUGAUUUACCCCACGGAGUAUGCCAACUCCUCUGCCAGCCAAAAUGUCUCUUCUAUUGCUUUUGCUGGUACGGUUGUCGGUAUGCUGGUUUUUGGAUACACUAGUGAUCACUGGUCUCGCAAGUGGUCCCUGAUGAUUUCGACCGUUAUCCUGACUCUCUUCGCCGCUCUCUGCGCUGGUUCCUAUGGCUACCACGAUAGCACCUAUGGCAUGUUGGCUGCUCUCACGGCUUAUCGUUUCUUCAUCGGCGUUGGAAUCGGAGGCGAGUACCCUGCUGGGUCCGUCGCAUGUGCGGAGAACACUGGCGAACUCAAGGAGGGCCACCGCAACCGAUGGUUCAUCAUGUUCACCAACUUCCAGAUUGACUUCGGCUUCGUUGUUUCCGCUCUUGUGCCUACGAUUCUCGUUCUGAUCUUCACCGAGAAUCAUUUACGUGCUGCCUGGCGUGUGGCCCUAGGCCUGGGCGUCAUCCCUCCUCUGAGUCUGAUCUAUCUGCGGGGCAAAAUGAAGGAGCCCGAGGAAUUUGAUCGUCAACGCAUGCACAAAUUCCCGCUGUGGUUGAUCAUUAAGUUCUACUGGAAGCGUCUGGCUACGGUCUCCUUGAUCUGGUUUAUUUACGACUUUUCCUCGUACUCGUUCGGUCUCUACUCCUCCAAGUGGCUAGGAAUCAUCAUCGGUGACGAUGCGCCUCUGUGGAAGACCUUUGGCUGGACCACUCUGACCUACCUUUUCUACAUCCCGGGCUCUGCUCUCGGAGCCUUUACCAGCGACUGGAUUGGCCCUCGAAACACCCUCGCCAUUGGUGUCCUUCUCCAGGGGAUUGUCGGCUUUAUCAUGUCUGGAUGCUACGCAUAUCUUGCAACUGCGAAAAACGUGGCUGCUUUUGUGGUCGUUUAUGGUAUCUUCCUUGCGCUCGGCGAAUUCGGUCCCGGCGACAACAUCGGUCUGUGUGCAGCCAAGACCAGCGCCACUGCGAUUCGUGGCCAGUACUAUUCAUACGCUGCGGCUAUUGGCAAGAUCGGAGCUUUCGUGGGCACCUACGUCUUUCCGAUCAUUAUCAAGAACGCCCCAAAUGCGGUUCGAGCUGGCCAGGAUCCCUUCUUCGUGUCAAGUGCUCUGUGCAUCUUCAGUGCAUUCCUGGCCUACUUCCUACUUCCGCAGAUCAACCAGGAUACAAUCACCAAGGAAGAUUCCAAAUUCCGUGCAUUCUUGGCCGAGAAUGGCUACGACGUCUCGACGAUGGGCAAGGAGGGCCAAGUCAUCCAGGUUGCCCAAGAGUAA